GAAAAUGAUAGGAUUUUUUUAAUUGGAUCGCUCUAUUUGUCUCGAACUCAUUGAUUGGUUAUUGUUUUCUCAGCAAGAUGAGGAUGAAAUUAGCUCAUUAAUUUUAAACAUCUUUCCUCUGGAUCAAAGACUCAUACUAUAAGAUUUCAUCAGCAUGGCAGAUGUUGAUCAAAGCCAUGGUUUGCUUGGUGAAAAAUUUACCUGCUUGAUAUGUGGACAGGAAGGACUAAGCGAUGAAAAAAUGAGAAAUCAUGUCCUUGUUGAACAUGUUGAAAAUACAGUGUGUUGUCCAUUUUGUGAUUUAGCAGGAAUUACCAGUGAUGAGAUGACGUUACACAUUAAUUCUGUUCAUUUUGAUGAUUUAGCAAAACAGCAAACAUCUGGUCCCGGUAAACAGAAUGGUGAUCUAAGUUGUACAGCAGAAAAUGGAGAAGACAUGAACGAAAACAAAAAGCUAGAUCCAGAUACAUAUGGAAAGGCCCAUGGAGGUGCAAUACCAAAAACUACAGGAAAGUCAUUAAAGCACUCACAUAGUCUGGAUCAAAGUCCACACAGAUCUCCAUCAAGAAAAUCUGGGGGAAUAAAAACAUCACAAUCUGAGUCCAAUAUUAACCGCAGAGGUCGUUUAUCAUUGAAUUUUGAUAUUAUAAAUGAGCCAGGCCCAUCACAUUCUGCAUCAUCAGAGGCAAUCAAGGCAUCUGCUUCAGCUCAGUCUAUAAGAUCAUCCGUUUCUGCGCAAUCAAUGCGAAUGUCUACAUCUUAUAAUGAUUCCUUUAAUGGAGCGUUUGGUAGCAGUGUUGAUUUGGAGCCUAAUAACACACAGACUGUACGUUUACGAUUACAGAGUAGUAUACACAAUAACAAUGAUGUUAUUCUUGAAGAAAGCCAAGAUAACAAUAAUAUUCCACUUCAGCCGAACCUUAAUCAAGUGCUACAGCCAGAUAUCAAUGAUAAUGUUGAGCCGGAUAUCAACUCAAACAUGCCUGCUGCGUUUUCAUGUCCUUUGUGUCAGUUUAUAACAUCAUCAGAAAAUUUAAUCCAAGCUCAUGUAAAUAUGGCACAUGUUGAUGUAUUAAGUCCGGCAAGACCAAGGUCGGAAGCAGUAGGAGCAAGUGCAUCGUCAGCUGCUAACUCUACUAGAAGAGGAAAUACAGAUAUCAGCUCAACUACCCAGUGUAGUGGGGUUGUAAAAGAUGAAUAUCCAUGCCCAAUCUGUCUGAAGAUUUAUGACAAUGUUGGUGAACUUAGCUUACACGUGAAUCAAGCCCAUUCCCAGAUAUUUAGUCCGGAUCGACCAGUGGGGGCCAGUUCUGGAGAAGCAGUGGCGGGGCCAUCUUCGUUCCAGUGUCCAGUCUGUGGACUGGAGCUGUACGAACGCUCUAGGCUUGAGGCUCACGUCAACGGACAUUUCUCUGCAGAACAGACACCAAUAAUAGAGCGUAAUGAUCGGCUGAUAGCCCAGGCACUGCAGGAUAAGGAAGCUGAUAUUGCAGGCCAGGAAGAGCAGAAAGAGUUCCAGAAAUUACAGGCCAUGUAUGGAAUGGUGGAUGGAAACACACCUUAUAAGAGGAAGUAUGAGAAAAACUUGGAGCGGGCAGUGGCGAAUGGUGAUAUGACAAUUACAGAAUUCCACGAGAGAAAGAUUGGCUUCAAGUAUGCUGAUUCUCGUGGCAUCGAUGAUGGUAACUCAUGUACGAAAGGUGUCAUACAGCGGUUGCAAGAAUACUACCGCACACCAACACACGGCGUGUCAAAGGCCUACCUGUGUACGAGCGUGGACCAUUACGCUGGCUCGUUCGGUGACAAGGGCUAUGGGUGUGGAUACAGGAAUUUCCAAAUGUUGCUGUCCUCCCUCAUAACUGACUCAACAUACUGCAGGGUGUUGUUUAAUGACAGACCAUUAAUGCCAUCGAUUACAAAGAUUCAGCAAUUAAUCGAGGCUGCUUGGGAGAAAGGGUAUGACAAGCAAGGCAGAGAACAACUGGCAGGCCGCGUGCUGAAUACAGAGAAAUGGAUAGGGGCCACGGAAAUUGUCGCUACAUUGUCAUCACUCAAAGUCCGAUGCCGCCUGCUGGAUUUCCACAACCCUUCUGGUACAGGAGGAACACAUCCAAAACUGUUUGAGUGGGUGAAGACAUACUUUGAGAAAGGCGGCUUUAAACCCCCACUGUACUUACAACACCAAGGUCAUAGUCGAACUAUUGUUGGUAUUGAAGAAUUAAAAGACAAGCGUCUAAGGCUCCUGAUCUUUGAUCCAAGCAUGCGCAAGAAACAGAUGAUGCUGUUCCACAGUAUAGUCAAUGCCAACCUUAUGCGAACCUUGAGACGACCCCUUGAAAAUAUGAAGGCCAAACAGUACCAAAUUGUGGCUGUUGUCGGCACCCUCUCGGAACAAGAAUGCCAGGAGAGCAAGGUCUUGAAGUCUGAGAGGCUCAGCUGAAACCAAGACACAUCUGCAAUAACAGAGUUCUAGUUUUAUUUCCCAAAACUCCUUAAAUGUAACAAGCCAAGCUUAAGUAUGUUAUUUCAUUAAGCCAAAUUUCAUAUCUUCCUAGCCUUGAAUUUACUAAAUAAAAUGAAUUUAUUUUGACUAUCAUAAACAUAAUUUCUUUAGAAUGUGAAUAUUACAGGUAUACAAAUUAUACCAAAAUUAAAAUAGUAAGCUUAUUUUUAUCCUGUCACAAGGGACUUACCGGUAAGAUGUUUGGGAAAGAUUGGGAUCUGUAGUCCUUGUGCCAUAGUGUCACUGCCAUAAUCUCCCCUUUACUUUUAUAUAUAAACAUAUGUUGUGCUGUGAAAUGACCGUUGUCAAAUGGACUCAGAAUGUGUUGCUUCGGCAGAUAGCCUAAGAGUGCUAUACAGCCAACUCCUAUACUACGAAAAGUUACAAGAGAGCCCAAAAUUGGUACCUCCUUGUGGCUAGAAAAUUGCUGACUUGGGUAGAGUACUUUCUAUUUCAUUGUAAAUGAACAUUUUUUGUGCUGAAAAAUGACUGUUGUCAUUUGAACCCAAAGUGCGUUGCUUUGGCAGGAGAGAGCCCAAAAUUGGUACAUCCCUGUGGCUAGAAUAUUGCUGCUUCAAGGAGAGUACUCUCCAUCAACUUGACCAUGCUUGACCAUCUGCAUACAUCAGUUAAAGCCACAUGGACUUAAUGGAGGUCGGGCUUUACCUUAUUGCCCUUUUUCUAUUGGUUGACUAAUUCUAUUUUAAACCAAAAUUAAUGUGCUUUUGAAAAGUGCUAUUUUGCUUAGGUAAGUAGAGUUCUUCUUGAACUAUGCCUAUUCAACUCGCAGACACUAUUUGAUUACCCUGUACUUCAUUAUCGUAAUAAUUUAAAUAUUUCUGGUCUAAACGGAAUGUGUACUGCCUGCCGCUGACGAUGCGAAAUGUGUCGCCUAAAAUGGCUUGACUAUCGAUAUUUAUGUUGUCUUCAUGAUAAUAUUUUUAACUUGUAGCCCAUUCAGGCAGGGGCAGGAAGCUGUCCAAAUGAUCUUGCCCGAGGCCACUCCCACUUGCCUGAACAGUUUUCCAAAACAUAUCUUUAAGAUCUGUUUUCUAUAGACAUUGUUGUUUUAUGUUCCUUACCAUGAAAAAGAUGUCCAGUAAUAAGACUUGCUUGGCAGGAUCUUUGCUCCCCCAUAUAAUUAAUGUAAAAAGCAUUUGUUACAUUUUAAUUAACUUUGUUUUUAAGAUUUUCUCUGCCUGCACCCAAUCUUUAAUUUGACGUGCCCAUGGGCAAGCUGACUGAUAUUUUUUUAAGUUUUGGCAAUUCAACUUCAGCUAGGCUUCCUGUAAGAGGGUUAUAUUGAAAACUGUUAUUGUAGCUAUGUGUGUUUCAAAAAUGUGGAGUUUAUUUAUUUAGAACUGAUUCACUUAGCUUAGUAUUUAUGCACAAAUUGUUUACAAUGUUAUGCCGCAGGGUGGUUUUGCCCAGGUUAGAGAAUCAGGAUUUAUACAAACUGCAAACUUUGUUGAUUAAACUCCAUCCCUGGAACAAGUGUUUUUUUUCAAAAUGCCUGAAACCAGAAGGUGUUCUAGACAUCUAAAAUUCCUUUAAAAAAAACAAUCCCGUCUUGUCUAAAAAUGGUAUAUUGGGAAACACAUGCCAUAUACAGUCCCCUUUAUGCUGCAACUCCACCUUAUGGUAAAACUUUAAACAAAUAUAAAUCAUCUAAUUUGUGAUCAUGUCUUACCAAAUGAGGUUGUGAUACAUUUUUAAAUGUGCGUAUGUAUGAAAAGACGAUUCCAUAGGAAGGCUUUCAAGCGUUCUUCUUUUCCCACUGUUUAAAUAUGUUAUUCCUACAUUUUAGCCCCAAUUCCUUAUUUAUAUGUAAGUGAUGUUUUUCUUUGUUUUUUUUACUGAUUAUAUUAUGAGGUUACAAUCCUCCAAUUUAAUCAAUACCGAGCUGUCUUUUGGCCUGAUAAACGGAAAAUGUUCAAAGACUUUAAAAUACAAUGCUUAAAUUCAACAAAUUCUUUGGCGGAUCCAAGACAUUAAAGAUUGAAUCUUAAGAUCAACAAUUAAUAAUAUAUUAAAAUUGAUGUACAAGUUCCUUACUUUCCAACCUUAGCAAUGAAACAUUCAUAUUUAUAUCCUACUAUUUUGUAAAAAAUAUCAUGUUUUUUCCAUGGUUUUCUAAAGAGCAAUGCUGGAAAGCCUGCAUAGGAUUUUUGAGUGCUUCACAUGCAAUCUUGUCAGAUUAGUAUUAAAUUAAUAAUGUUUUACUUGUUAAAUGUACUUGCACUUUAAUGUGAUAAUGAAUUUAAUUAUCAAAUAUAUUAUGCUAGUAUACAUGAAUUUUAGCCUACGUUCAUUUCUCAUCAAAUCCUAAUAAAAACUGAGUCUUAUAUGAAGAUUUUUUUUGUAAUAUGAUCAUACAAAAGAAACUGCUGUGUUUGCCAUGUAAUAGACAGACUGCUACAUGUUCUUAAAAAGUUUGUACCAGAAACUUCUAAGUAACCACCCUUCAGAAUAUGGGGCCAGUAAUGCCAACCAAAGUUCCCACCCUUCAAACUUUGGGUCCGGUUAUGCCAACCAACAACCCUUCCUUCCAACUGUGGGUUCAGUCAUGCCAACCAAAGUACCCACCCUUCAAAUUGUGGGGCCGGUAAUGCCAACCAAAGUACCCUUCAAACUGGGUCUGUCAAUGCCAACCAAAGUACCCAACCUUCAAACUGGGGCCGGUAUGCCAACGAAAGUACCCACCCUUCAAACUGGGUCCGUUAAUGCCAACCAAAGUCCACACCCUUCAAACUGGGGCCGGUACUGCCAACCAAAGUACCCACCCUUCAAACUGUAGGUCUGGUAAUGCCAGGCAAAGUAUUCACCCUUCAAACUGUGGGGCCAGUAAAGCCAACCAAAGUACCCACCCUUCAGACUGUGGGGCCGGUAUGCCAACCAAAGUACCCACCCUUCAAACUGGGGCCGGUAAUGCCAACCAAAGUACCCACCCUUCAAACUGUGGGGCCGGUAUGCCAACCAAAGUACCCACCCUUCAAACUGUGGGGCCUGUAAUGCCAACCAAAGUACCCACCCUUCAAACUGUGGGGCCGGUAUGCCAACCAAAGUACCCACCCUUCAAACUGUGGGGCCGGUAAUGCCAAACAAAGUACCCACCCUUCAAACUGUGGGGCCGGUAUGCCAACCAAAGUACCCACCCUUCAAACUGGCAAAUUAUUUUUUAAUGUGGCCUAAAAAAGGUGUCAUGUCUUAUGUACAAUCUUACAUUUAUUGCCAUUUAAUGCAGAAAAUGAUGCAACGCUAUAAAGUGAUCGAUUGGCAAGCUUGAUAAUAUUGCCAUAAGGAGUUUCAUAAAUUUUUGGCAAAGAAUCUUCGAUUUUUUUAUGUAACAUUACUCAUUUAUCAAGCAAAAUGAAGAUUUUAUUCUUUUUUUUUUAAAUAAAUUUUUAAUGGUUAUUCAUUAGGGCAGAAUACGUCAAUUUUAUGUUUAAUUUCACAAGUGAAUAAUAAAAAAAUGGGUAACAUAUGUUGUUACAAGCAACUGCAUGUGAUAAAUGGUAACUACUCACUUCUGAAUCAAACAUGGCAACAUUGAAAUAUAUCAAAUCAUUUAUAUUGUGUUUAUUGUGAGAAUUUGUUAACUAAAGCAGCUAGAUACUUUUUAUCAUUCUGAACUUUAUAACUGCACAUUGAUGUAUGUAACUAACACAGGGUCAUAGUUUAUAGAGAUAUCUGCAUAAUAUAAGAAAUCUUUCAUUAUUUCAUAAUUAUGGAUGAAAUUUAUUGUUGUAAGCAGCUUAUGAAAACAUUGGUUAAAUGUGCUUUUUGUGUCGCCUGAAAAGACGACAUAUAGGGGUUACUUUUGUCGGCGGCGGCGUCGGCGGCGGUGGCGGCGUCCGCGUCCCAUUUUCGCUUGUCCGGGGUAUAUCUCCUAAACUAUUAGUGGUAUCAACUUGAAACUUCAUAUGUACAUAGUUCAUAGUUUUAAAAUUAUUGCCCUUUGUUAAUUUUCAUGUUUAAAGUUUUGUCCGGGGCAUAUCUUGAAGAAUAUAAGAGGUGUCAACUUGAAACUUCAUAGCUAGAUAGAUCUCACUGAGGGCAAGUGCAGUGCACAAUAACAGUAACUCUUGCUUUCUUAGUUUUAAAGUUAUUGCCCUUUGUUAAUUUUCAUGCUUAAAGUUUUGUCCGGGGCAUAUCUUGAAGAAUAUAAGAGGUAUCAACUUGAAACUUCAUAGCUAGAUAUAUCUCAUUGAGGGCAAUUGCAGUGCUUAAUAACAGUAACUCUUGCUUUCUUAGUUUUGAAGUUAUUGCCCUUUGUUAAUUUUCAUGCUUAAAGUUUUGUCCGGGGCAUAUCUUGAAGAAUAUAAGAGGUAUCAACUUGAAACUUCAUAGCUAGAUAGAUCUCAUUGAGGGCAAGUGCAGUGCACAAGAACCGUUACUCUUGCUGCCAUAUUUUUAGAGUUAUUGCCCUUUGUUAAUUUUCAUGCUUAGGUUUUGUCCGUGGCAUAUCUCGUAAACUAUAGGAGGUUUCAACCUGAAACUUAUUCUGUAGGUAUAUCUGAUUGAGGGUUCAAAUGCCACCUACACUUGAAAGUUAAAUGGCAACAUCAUUGUCUAUAAAUGAAUAAAAUGCCAAUCUAACAGCUAUAAUGUCGACAGUAAAUAAUUCGUCAGGCGACACAUCCGACUCGCGGAGUUCUAGUUAUGAAAAAGAAUGACAUUUUUUUUCAUAUGAUUUUGUAAAAUAAUUAUAACAUUGAUAAAAUGUGCUUUUUAUGAAAAAAAUGUGUCUGUUGAUAUGAUUUUGUUAGAAAUUUAUAUUUAUUGUUAUGUAUUUCAAAUUUGUGUGUGAUAAUGCAAAGUGGUUAUACUUUGUGAAGAUUUGAUAUAUAGAUAUCAAUCAUGUCGUGAUGGUAAAACUUAGCCUAACAUUAUUUUAGUGAAGCAAAUGAUAGAGCAAUAGCAUCCUAAAUGGUACCUUAUUUCAAAUCGAGGCAUGUUUAUGUUAAUUGAAUAACAUUUUUAUAUUUUUCACGUUUUUGAAAUUUUAUUUGCAUAAUGGACUGGGACACAAAUAAAACAUCAUUGCCAAAAUGAAGUUCGCAUAAAAUCUGGCUAACUUUUCUGAAAAACAUAACUGUCAUUAUAUAUAUAUACAUUUUAGGCAUAAAAUGAAAAGAAAAAUUGUUUGUUUAGGUGUUUAAGAUUGCAAUAUAUUUCACCUUGUGAACACCAAAAGUAAAUAUUUCGCACGUGGCUGCGCCACUUGUGAAAUGAAACCUUUGGUGCUCACUCAAUGAAGGUUAUCAUGAUCUUACACAGAAACAAACAAAUAUCCUCAAUAUAUUCAUGACUUUUUAUAUAUCGCAAACUCAAGACCUGGAAUAAAAUUAUUUUACUGAUUUAGCAUAUGAUGACGGAAUGACAACCUAAAAUUUGAACUUCAUGGCCAAAAUUAAAAUUUAUGCAAAAAGCACUGUUGUUUAAUUAAAAUAAUCCACAAUUGUAAAAGCCUCUGUAAUUUAACAGCAUCAAUGCUGAGGCAGAUUUGUAUCAAGAAUUUACUGGAAUCUAAAUGGAUCUUCUGUAUGCUUUGAAUGAGCAAUACAGUAAUGCUAUGUACAUGUAAUAUAUAUGCUAUGCUCAGUAUGCAUGUUUGUAAAAGUUAAAAACAUUAAGUUCAAAUCUGUGCACUGCAACGAGUAUCUGCAAUAGAUGCCAUAUGGAAAUUUUGUCUAUCCUGGAAUUAUUUUCAUAAUGCAUUUAAAAGUCUGUUUAAUCUGCCCAUCCACCAUUACCAUAUGAAAUAUGCAAAUAUUUUAUGUUCAUAUCUCAAUAUACCUCCCCUUCAUAAAGAAUCAUGGGUGUCAUUACAUUCGUCUGCCAAAGAAUUUGGCCGUCAAAGAGACCGCCAUUAAGAUUAUGUCGUUUAGCAUGGAAAACCAGGGUUUCAAGCUUUAAAGUCAAGGUCACUGAGCACCUCGUAGCUAAGUCAGUUUUGCCAUAUAAGACUUGCAAAUGAUAGUGGUUCAUGCCCUGUUAACAACUCGGUCCUUCAUGGCGCGGGAUUUUAAAUAAUUUUACAAUAGCGACCACCAUAAUAUGACAACAUGUCAAACACCAAACCUGAAUCCCAUAAGCUUCAACGUCAAGGUUAUUUUGCGCCUCAGAUCUUUGUCAGUUUUGCUUUAUAAGCCUUACUGAUGAAAGUUUUUUGUGUACCAUCUAUAAAUUCCAUGCAUGGUUGAAUUCCAAAAUAAUUUUACACAAGGGACCUCAUCAAGAUGACACCGGGGUUCUCAAGCUUCAAGGUCAAGGUAUCUGCACUUGUCUGAGUUACGUGUCCUUGAACUUCAGUUUAAUGAUUAAGCUAUAUUGGAGGCUUUAGAUUGAUGUUUUGGCAAAUAAUGAUUUUCCUUCAUAUACAUGUAAUCAUUGAUUUUAUUUCAAUAAUUGCCUCCUGUGUCAAUGCGGUGUGUAAAGGCAGUCAUCUCUUCUGUGAUAGCCAUAGAUUAAAAUCAUGCAUGCCAUAUCCCCCCUCCCCUGGUGUGGGGGGGGAAUCCCCUGGAAUUCUGACCCAUCCCCUGGUCCUCUGCCGAGGGAUCCAUAUCCCCUGGAACUUAAAAAAACUAGCUCAAGGUUAGCAGUGGAAAGCAUCCAUAAUAUUAUGAGUUUGAAAUUCCAUGUAGGACCACGAUGACUUAGUCCAAAAAUUAUUGUAAUUAAAGUGUGUUUCUGCUUUUAUUCUUAUAUCAUAAAUGUAGAUAUUGUGCAAAAUUUCACUGUGUAAAAAUCCCCUGGUAUAAUAUCAAUUCCCCUGGGAAGCCUCUCAGAAAUAUGGCAUGUAUGUUAUAUGUCAGUAUUUGUGUCCUGUGGAAACAUUUAUACAGCUUUUAAUGUCAAAAACUUAACAAAAAAAGAUAAAUAAUACAACAUUUAGCUUUUGCCUUCAACGACUGUAUUUUGCAUAGAUAUUAUUUACUGGAAAAUUAAAUGUUAGGUUGUGCACAUCAAAUAGAAGCUUGUCAUUCAACAUGCACACUUGUAUCUUUGUAUUAUUUGGCAUAUUAUCAUUUUGAUCUCAUACAUAGUGUUAUGUACUAAUUUUUGGGGACUUUGGUGUUAGUAUUCAAGGGACUAGGUCGCAUUUUAUUAGGUCAGACAUUUCAUGUCUAAGAUUAGCAAACUGCUUGUCACAAUGGUGUAUUCAUUUAAUGUUCAAAAAUAAUUUUUUUUGAUAAAUAAAAUUUCACAAAAAAAUUGUCAUUUUCAACAAGUGCUUAAGUAAUGCUAGUGAAAAUUGGAUGAUUUUUGGCUUGAAUUUUCAAACAUCUGUUGAAAUAAGUGUCGUUUAGCUAUGACAGUUUCAUGUUUGUUUAUUUGAUAAAUAAAAUUUAAUGUCAACAUGAAAUCUCUGGGAAAGUUCCAUUGAAGGAAUUAUUUUAAAUAGAAAGAAUUUACAAAAUAAUACUAAAGCUUAACCUACUUAAAAGUGCACAUUAAAUGUUGAUGUCACAGUUAUUUCUUUUUUUAAUUCUUAUGUUCAACUCAUUUGACUUUAGAUCAAAACAAAAAAAAGGGUAAGAUUUAGGCACAAAUAAAAAAAUAUUAGGGAUAAUUUGCUGCUUUUUAAUUAUGGAAUUUGUGGCCUUGAAGCUAUAUAUCAAUUAAAAAAACACCAUUAAUAAAGGCUUAUAUUUUUUACAGAUAUCUUAAUUUUUUAAUCAACCUUUAAAUCUUAUUUUAUAAGUAGUAUUGAGGAUAUAGAUUUGCAGUUUGACGCUAAGUCAACCGUGUGAUGUGGAAUAUAAAAAAAACAGUACCCAGUAUGUAAUAUGGAAAUUUUAUUUAAUCAUUCAAUAUUUCAGAUGGAAAUUUAACAGGUUCAAAUAAAGUGAUUCAUCAUCAUUAAGUUUGCUGAUACACAGAAGCAACGAAUAAAUACAUGAAUAGGGAAGAUCCUUUUUUCCCCACACAGAAGCAACGAAUAAAUACAUGAAUAGGGAAGAUCCUUUUUUCCCCACAAUAAAAGGUGAUUUAAUCGUUAAAGGGCAAAAUACUGUGCAAAUCAUUUUGAUUCUGUAAUUUUUUUUAUGUCUAUCAUCAUUAAAUUAAUUAUUAUUAAUUAUUCUUCUUUGAGCAUGUCUGUGAAUUUGUUCUUGUUAUAGCUAGUCACUUUACUGUUGAUUUUUGCUUGUUAUUUAUGAUUGUAAUAAAUGUUUGCAAAG